AUGACAGCUCCCCAGGGACCCCCAGCGGGUCCUCCUGCUGCUGCAGCAGCACCAGCAGCAGCACCGCCACCACCAGCAGCUCCAACAGCAGCAGCUCCGACAGCAGCAGCUCCGACAGCAGCUGCAUCGGCACAAGCGGCACCAGCAGCAGCAGCCGCGGCAACAGGACCCCCCUCUGCAGCAACAGGAGCAGCAGCUGCAGGAACACCUGCUCCUGCUCCAACAGCUGCUGCAUCAACACGAGGCCAACAAUGCAUUCAAUUGCUGCAGUCUCAGCUAAGUAGGCGGGCGCUGCAGCUAAUAGAGAGCAGCAGCAGCAGCAGCAGCAGUGGCGGGGAAGGCAGGGCUAUGAUGGAGCCUCCAUCUUUGCUGCUGCAGUGCCCACCCUUCAUGCAGCAGCAGCAACAGCAGCAGAGGCCCGGUGUCUCCAGCACAGCUGGUCUGCCUCUCUACACCGCAGCAACUAUCCCCGAGCACCCACUGCUGAAGCUACAGCAGCAGCACCAGCCAACACAGCAGCAGCAGCCAACACAGCAGCAACAGCCAACACAACCGCAGCAGCCAACACAGCAGCAGCCAAUGCUGCAGCAGCAGCAGCCAAUGCUGCAGCAGCAACAGCCAGUGCUGCAACAGCAGCCACCAACACAACAGAAACAACCGGCGCUACAGCAACAGCCGAGACAGCAACAGCAACCACUGCCGGUGCAGCAGCAACAGCCACUGCAGCAGCAGCAAACUAUGCAACAGAACCCGCCAAUGUAUCAGCAGCAGCCAACACAGCAACAACAGCAGCCAGUGCAGCAGCAGCAGCAGCCAAUGCAACAGCAACAACAGCCAAUGCAACGACAGCAGCAGCCAAUGCAACAGCAACAGCAGCCAUUGCAACAGCAGCAGCAGCCAAUGCAGCGACAGCAGCAGCCAGUACAACAGCAGCAGCAGCCAAUGCAACAGCAGCAGCAGCCAAUGCAACAGCAGCAGCAGCCAAUGCAACAGCAGCAGCAGCCAAUGCAACGGCAGCAGCAGCGAGUGCAGCAGCAGCAGCAGCCAGUGCAACAGCGACAGCAGCAGCAGCCACUGCAACAACGACAGCAGCAGCAGCCACUGCAACAACGACAACAGCAGCAGCCAGUGCAGCAUCAAAGGCAGCAACAGCCAGCCCAACAGCAGCAGCAGCCAGUGCAACGGCAGCAACAACCAGUGCCACAGCAGCAGCAGGCUGCAACUGCUGCUGUAUCAACGGAUGCCCUAAAGGCCCAGCGACAUCCAGCAGCAGGUGCAGCAGGAGGUGCAGUACCAGCAGCCGUAGGAGCAGCAGGAAGGGCAGCAACUUUUCCUGCUGCUGCUGUUUCUGGUGCAGCUCCCUCGACAGCAACUCAGAGCAGCGGCAGCAGCAACCUCAAAGGAAGCAGCAGCAGCAGCAGCAGCAGCAGCAGCAGCAGCAACAGCGGGAGAACAGACCAGGGUGUGUCGUUUCCUAAGUCUCAAUCAGGUGCAGCCGCUGCAACAGCAGCCACAGCAGCAACAGCAGCAACAGCAGCAAGAGCAGGAACAGCAGCAACAGCAGUACCAACUGCAGCAACAGCAGCAGCAGCACCUGGUGCUGCUGCUGCUGCCUCUCGAUCUAUCAGUGGAGGUGUAUCGGUUGCUCCCAGCAGCCGUAUAACCCGGAGCAGCAGCAGCAGCAGCAGCAGCAGCAGCAUAAGCAGCAGCAGCAACAGCAGCAGUAGCAACAUCAGACACACCCGCAGUAGCGCCAUAGCCACCCCCCAUAACACUGCCACCACAACAACAACAGCAGCACAAACAGCAACAAGCAUAAGCAACAGAAGCAGCAGCAGCAGCAGCAGCAGCAAGAAUAUAGUAAUGAGUGAUCGUACCCGUCAAUGCAGACACUUGUUGUUAAGAAUUGUCUACAUAGAUUCUGUGCAGAAUGUAUUGAAAAAUGUGUACGAAUUGGUAUCAGAGAAUGUCCACAGCUUACGGCCUAACAUCGUCUUAGAUAAAUUAAUUGAUAAACUUUUUCCUUCUUUGUUUGCCUUUGAGGAGCAGCACCAUUUGCUGCUAGCAAGAAAUAACUUAAGAUUACAUUCUAAUCAAGGUGCUGCUGCAGCAGAGCAUGCAGCGGCUACUGCUGCUGCUGCUGCUGCAGCUGCAGCUGCUGGUGGUUCGGCAGGUGGGUCUGAUGAUGCCUCUGCUGCUGCAGCAACAGCAGCAGAACCUGCAGGAGUAUAUAAACGCAGCUCAACAGAAGCCGCUAUUCAACUGCAGCAGCUGCAGCCCAUCAAGAAAGCUAUAGGAUACAGCAGUAGUAGUAGUAGUAGUAGUGACGUUAACAGCAGCAGCAGCCUCAGCAGCGAUGCAUACACAAGACUGCUGCUGCAGCCCCCAACACCUCCUCCAUUUAUUGAUGCUUGGGGACAACCAGUGACACGGCAACAGCAGCAGGGAAAAGUGCCUAGUCCAGCUGCGGAAGCAGCGGCAGCAGCAGCUGCUGCUGCAGCUGCAGCUGCUGCGGAAGCAGCAGCAGCAGCAGGCAGCAGCAAAUACCUCACCAUGGCUAUGCAAUCUGUGCUGCCUCCUUUAGAAAAGAAGCGAAUGCGACGGGAGUUGUCUGUGGUGCUGCGGAAGCAGCAAAGUGCAGCAAUAGCAGCAGCAGCAGCAGCAGGAGAUCCAGCAGCAGCAGUUCGUCUUCGCUUCGAGCUAAUACCGGAUCCGCUGCUGCCGCAGCUGCCGGUGCUGCAGCAAAAUAAAUUCAGCAGCGACGGCAGCAGCACAGUGCUGCAGUUAUGUCGCUACAUAACUUCUCGUUUAAAUCGCCAAUUGCAGCAGCAGCAACAGCAACAGCAACAGCAGCAGCAGCAGCAGCAGCAGCCAAUAGGGGAGCUGCGUCUCUAUACAAAGGAACACCGCAUGCCCUUAGCACCUAAUAUAACUCUUGCUGCUGUUCAUCAGCUGUCUCUUAUCUACCCCACAGAGUCUCUUGUUCUUUAUUAUACUACUAGGCAUUAUGGAGAUGAUGGAGGUGGCGCACUAGCCGGUAUAAGAGGAUAUAUGACAGAGCUGUCGUUGCUGCAAUUCAUCGACAGUGCAGCAGGCCGCUCCCCAUCGCAGCAGCAGCAGCAGCAACAACAACAGCAAAGCACUCGUGCAGGUCUGACAAGAGAAAGGUCUGCUAGCCCCAGUGCUGCUGCAAGCUACCGCGCUGCCGCUGCAGCAGCAGCAGCUGCAGCUGCUGCUGCAUCGCCUAGAGGCGGCAGCAGCAGCAGGAACAUCAACGGUCCCUCCAGGGUAGCAGGAGUAACUGCUGUAGCAGCAACACCGCCAUCAGCAGCAGCAGCAGCUGCUGCAGCAAGAACCACAGCGGCAGCUACAUUAACACCAGCUACAGCUGCUGCUUCUGCUGCUGCUUUCCAUCGUGGUGGAUACAGAGGCAUAAACCCGUCACUUGCUGCUGCUCCUCAAGGAGCAGCAGCAGCAGCAGGGACGGCAGCGGCAGCAGUCCCUUUUGGUGUUGCCUCCACAACACCAGCAGCAGCAACGGCAGCAGCAGCAGCACCGCAGAGGGCACUAUCAGCUACAGUUACAAAUUCAGUAUCAGCCCUCCGGCGGCCUGCAGCAGCAGCAGCAACACUAGCACCACCACCAGCAGCAGCAACAGCACCACUAGCAGCACCCAUAGGGAUGCUGCCAGGGGUUGGGCCGGCUGCUGCUGUUGCUGCUGCUCCUCCUCCACUAGCAGCAACAGCUGGCCCUGCACAGCUGGGCUAUGCUCCGAAUCGUUUAGGGGGAUUUGCUCCAGCAGCAGCAACACCACCAGCAGCAGCUGCUGCACCUCCACCCGCAGCAGCAGCAGCACCAGUAACCCCCACAGCAGCACCACCACCACACUUCCUGUCGGAUCUUAGCAACUCAAGGGGAGUUGACUGGAAGGGCGGCGGGGGCCCAUAG